CAGUGGUGUCCUCGACUUCAGUUGCUUCAUUCAAGAGAAGACCAAACAUUCACAGAAGCAAACUAAGAGAGGAAUAACACAGGCCGUAGGCCUACUGUCCUCAAUACACAUAUGUGAAUCUAAUGAUUGGACUUCUCAAUUGGAUAUUUAAUUACUUUGUUACCUUCUGUUUGAAUUGAAGGUCGGGUAGUCGUGUCAUUUCUAGAUCACGACAACAUUAACUUGUUGACUUUCAGUUUAUGAAAUAUCAAACGAACAUGCAUAUAUUUCUUAUUACUCUUGGAGUGAGCACAACUUGUGAAAAUACUUUGUCCUAGAAUGAAAAUAAUACGUUAAAAGUCACAUUAAAAUUAUCUACACCAUCGUAUGUUUUCAGUGCUUCUAGAUAUCUAACAAGACUUCUGGGUAUUUUGCGACUCGUCCUGCGCUAUCACAGGGUGUACAUCUAGUAUUUUAUUGGCAACAUUGAAUCGAUCUUCCUAAACCAAUGUUUAUAAUAUUCUUCUCCCUCCUAUUUCUUGACUAUGUUCGUGGGGAAGUAGUAUGGGCCGUUAAUUGUGGUGGCCCUAAACACAUCGAUUCACAUGGAGUCGAAUAUAAAGCUGAUUUCUUAGACAUGGGUACUGCAUCGGACUACGGCCGCUCGUUCGCAAUAAACCGUGUCCCCUCAGCAGAUCAUAUAAUCUAUCAAACUGAACGGUAUCACAACGAAGACUUUUCUUAUCCUAUUCCGAUAACAUCUGAUGGAGAAUACAUUCUUACGUUAAAAUUUUCUGAGGUUUGGUUUACUGAGCGUUAUCAAAAAGUAUUCGAUGUUCAUAUUCAAAAUUCACUCCCACUUGUUCAAAACUUGGAUAUUUUUGGUCAAGUUGGCUUUGCUACUGCGUUCGAUUUAAAUGUGCCACUUAAAAUAAAAGAUGGAGUAAUAUAUAUUGGUGAACACACAGUCAAUAUCGAUGACGAUCAUUUUACUGUGGACUUUAUUAAAACUCAAUUUGAUAAUCCGAAAAUCAAUGCUAUUGUUGUUACUAAAGGCUCAAUAGAAGAUGUCCCUCAAUUACCACCGUUAGAAGAAGUAGAAACAUUUGAUCAACAGGUGUUACAUCCCCAUAAGUUACCUGAUUCUGAUGAUGAAGAAGAAGAAGACCUGGAAUCUGUGCAACAGAGACCAUCUAGAACACCAAGAGCAAAAGAUCCUUAUGCUUCUGUGGACUAUUCCUAUUUAAUCUUACCUAUUAUAGUAUCGGUUGGAGCAUUUCUACCAAUUCUCUUUUGUUUAUGUAAACUUUAAAGAAAAAUACAAUAGGUAGUUUCUGUUGGUAUUAUUGGUGAUGUCUUUAUUAUUGUUGUUUUGUUUUUGUGUAAUUUCUAUAGGUUAUUCACAUCUUUUGUAAGGUAUAUGCACUUGCUUUAUUUUGUCUUUCUCGAAGCUAAAAUGUUUAUUCUAUGAACUGUACAUUGUUUGACAAAAUUCACAUAUCAUUAAUCUUACUGUAUAAUAGUAUACUUAUUCUUAAGUGUUUUUUAAAUGUGUGAUUCUUCAGAUAGGUUUGCUGUUUAUUUCUGUUGUAUUUUUUUUGCUGUUUUAGUAAUUAGAGUUAAUAAAGAGGGUUGUAAGUAAUUAAUGGAUAUAUGAGGUUAUGUAGUAAGUGAAAUCAUUCUACAAGGAUUCACUCCCACAAUAAAAAAAUAGUCAUAUUAACAAUAACUGUAAACAUAAUCUAAUACUUCUGUAUUGUUGGUUGUAUUAUAUGAGUGUUUUAUUUCAACUUGUAAUAAAUUGUCAUUGAAACUGUUAUUAUCAUUUCAGUAUCCAGUGAAAUAAUUCAUCUGGC